AUGGAUACUCUCUCAACUUUUAAAGGUGAGACAGAGAUACAGAAUUUAAAAAGCCAGAUACCUAAUGUGUCAAGGGAGCUUUCUCAGGCUAAGAAACAUUAUAUAAACGCCAGCAUGUCCAUUUUGACAAAAGAUCCCUUCGAAGGAUAUCGUGAAAUCCAAAAGUUGACAGAAAUGCAACAAGAAUGUCAAGUUAGUUUGGAUGAAUACAGAAGAAUAUCAAAAAAAUUGGUCAGCUUUAUCGAUCUGUCACCUCAUUCAAAAGUCUCAUUGGACCAAAAACUAGAGAAUGAAAUAAAAGAGUUGGGCAAAAGAUAUAAAAAGUUACAAGUUUCCAAAACAAAGUCAACAUCCAUGAAAAAUAAAGAAAAAUUAGGUCAUAGGAUCAAGGUCAUCGAAAAUAAAGGUCCAGUACCUGUUACAGAAGCACCUGUUAUCGUUCCAGCAACUGUUAAAGCUCCAGUACCUGUUACAGUUCCAACAACUGUUACUGUUCCAGCAUCUGUUUCAGUUCCAUCACCUGUUAAAGCCCCAACAACUGUUACUGUUCCAGCACCUGUUACUGUUCCAACAACUGUUAAAGCUCCAGUACCUGUUACAGUUCCAGCAUCUGUUACUGUUCCAGCACCUGUUACUGCUCCAACAACUGUUAAAGCUCCAGUACCUGUUACAGUUCCAACAACUGUUACAGUUCCAGCACAUGUUCAAGAUUCAUCCAAAUUCGAUAUAGAUUCUGUGUUUUCUCUUCCACCAAUUGCAGAUUAUGAAAAGCUAAAUCGAUUAACUUGUCUUGUUGGAGAAAUCAAAUCAACCAAAUCCAAUUUCAAAUCCACCAGAAAUAUAGAUUGUCUAGAAUCUACAAAAAAUAUUUAUGAUCGAAUAGUUAAUCUCUUUUUACGAUGUAGACCACAAAGAUUAAAAAGAUUGGGACUUUAUAUUCAAACAUCUCAAUUGCCAGAACAAUUAACACUCGAUCAGUACAGAAAAUUAGUAGUGCCGUUGAUGUUUGAAAAUCUUAGACGCCAGAUUGUUGGCAAUAUCACAGACAUUGGAGCGACAGUUGACACGAUCGAAGGUCUAUUGGACUUUAAAAAGAUCAAAUCGGUUGCAUCAAAGGCAGUGUCACUCACUGCCACCAAGGAUGGAAUAGCAUACAUACUCGAUGACCAUCUGGAUGCCCCUCACACCACCCAAUUUAAAAACUCACUGUCUACUACGUCCAAAAAGACAGAUCUCCAAGUCUUCAAGGUGGUCAACCUCAUUUCAUUUAAAAAAGAAUUGGACGAUAGAAAGAAGCAAACAAUCGAUAUUAAUGGCUCGGCUUUAAUUAAUGGUAUGUUUUUAUUUAUAAAGAAUCCAAAGAGAUUAAUCACUCUCACUACCAAAUCAUUUGAACAAGAAUUAGAGGAAUUAUUUUCAUUAUCAAAUAUUGGAGAUUACCAAGACGACAAUAGCGAUGAUGACGACAAUGACGAGAGGGACGUGUCAAAUUCAUCAUCCGAUUAUUACUAUUCAAAAGAUGUCCAUGGAUUCAUAAAUGAAGGAAGCAAUAAUAUUUCUUUUUAUGACUCACUGAAAGGAUACAACCCUGACGGCGCUAAAAAAAGAAAUCUGCAAUUUAGAAGCUAUCUCAGUCAAUUGGUUCUCAAACAAAAGGCUAAUUCUUUCACUCAACCACUACCUGGAGAUAUAGUCCAUAUCCAAAAGAUCAAUGAUUUAUUGUCGACCCAAUAUGACUUUAAAAAGUGUAGCGAUCAAACAUUGUGGGCCAAGAAAACUAGUCAGAGCGAACUGUUCAGUUUGCUAAAGACUAAUUUCCCCAAGGACAAUUUCGAGUCAUACGGAUCAUUUGUAAAUGGUAUUCAAUUGGAAUCAAGUGACAUUGAUGUUUGUUUCAAGACCGACUUUAAUACAUCUGACCCAGUCGGCCGAAAGGAUCUAAUGAAGAGAAUAGCCUUGUGUCUUAACAAAAAGAAAGUCAAAGGCAAACCAAAGUAUCACGUGGAGAGAAUACUGGACUCUAUCAAAGUGCCAAUCAUUAAGUUCAGGGAUCUAAAGCACAAAGUGUCGUACGAUAUGUGCUUUAACAAUCGUUUGGCAAUUGGAAACUCGUUGUUGGUAAAAGCAUAUUCCGAAAUUGAUGAGAGAGCCAAACAACUCAUGUUGCUCAUCAAGUAUUGGGCAUCGAGAAAGUAUAUCAAUGAUGCUAGCGAAGGAACCCUUUCAUCAUACGGAUGGUUGAAUAUGGUUAUAUUCUAUCUUCAAACUGUCCAACCUCCAGUCCUCCCAUCAUUACACUCCAACAUCGACUCAUUUCCAGACGAUCAGUUGCAACAAAAGGAUGACUGGAAGUUUAUUGAUCCUCGCCACACUGGAUUCAUCAGUCAAAACAAAAUGACCUUAUUCCAACUAUUCUAUGGUUUCUUUAAUUUCUAUAGCAAGUUUGAUUAUGCCAAUCAAUUAAUUUGUAUUCGUUUAGGUAAACCAACUAAUAUUACAUUGGCAACACAAUCGUACAAGGACAACAACAAAGAAUGUCCAAUUUCCAUUCAAGAUCCAUUCGAUUCAUCUUCAAAUCCAGGUGCUUCUGUUAAAGACACCUCCUCUUUUGGUAUUAUCAUCUUUGAAUUCAUGUCAAUGCAAUUAAACUUAUUUAAAUUGUCCUACAAAAACGACAUUAUUCAAGAUUUCGAUGGUCUCCUCUUUGCCAAAUCAAAGUUAAAAUUAAAUGAACUUUAUAAUAAGAUGAAAAGAUAA